AUGCACGAGCUCACAGCCCACCUGGUGCCAUGUAGUUAUUGGGCCCCACAGACAUCCACAACGCAAACGCGUCAUCCACCCCGAGACACAAGUUCCAAGGUCUUAGCACAGCUACAACCGCUGCCCCACCAUUCAAACCGAAAUACACACUGCUUCACGGCAGAAAUAGGCAUGGUGAUGGUACCCGUGCGGUCGAUGGCACUAUACGGAGCACCCGUCUGGUGCCACGUCCUUACCCAUGAGAAAGUCGCCGCGCUGCGACGCCGGCAGCGCGCGAUCGUAGUCAGAGUCAUUCAAGGAUACCUCACAGUCUCCUACGAGGUGGCGCGCCCUAGCGCAAGUGUAGCCGGAGCGCGGGGGCUCCAAUCUCGGCAGUCCGUGCUAGAGGCGUGGUCUCGUCGUUUGGCGGACCCGUCGGCCGGCCUCCGUACCGUCGAGGCGAUCUGCCUGGUUCUCGCGGACUGGGUAGGCCGCGACCGCGGAAGACUCACCUCCGGCUACCUGUGCAGACUCACAAGACUUUUUACCACCACGCAAACUUUUUACCACAGCAAAUCUUACCAGCCACCACGCAAACUACAAUUUUGCGGGUUCCACCUCUCCUACACGAUGUUACUCCCACACUGCGGAAGCCAACCGCAAACACUUGUCAAGCACGCACAAGCACGCACUUCACCAAAAAAACUUGCAUCCGCCAGCGGGACCCGAACCCCGCCGCAUCGCCAGACACGAACGCACCGGACGUCUUAUCUUACAGGUCACGACGACUUCAGAUGUGUCAAUUUUUCUUCCCCACGGAAACUUGCUUGCUUUCUUGUUUGCUUGCUUGUUGUGAAAUCCGCGACAAUGAGCUAUGCACCAUCCAGUAGACGUUCAUCGAGGUACAUAUCAACCGUAGCGCACCAAACACGUGGAUCGGCAUCUGUCUGUUCCCGAUGAAUUUCCGACCCGUGAUCUCAGAUACCGUUACUG